AUGGAGACAUCCCCAAAUCCCAUGGAUUGGGAAAAGGCUGCAGCUCUAGGUUAUGGGCGUGCUGGUAGCAAAAAGCCUCAAAAUGCCCACGACUCGAAUACUGAAGCCGAGAGUACACCACACUUCGUUUCUCAAUCCAAUUUCCCGGGCCCUUCGACGACCCAGAGCUCUGAAAAUGUCAGUCACUCACUCCCGCUCCCUCGGGGGCCCCUUUCAGGCUGGAAGCGAUCACCCACGAGUGCGAAUGGGAGGCCUCGGGGUCCUUUUCGCCCUGGUCAAGCAGGGUCGCAGAGUGAGACUCCCCGGGACUCCCCAGCAUACAAGCGGUAUCUAAUGGGCGAGAAGCCUGAUGGAACUGUGCGACUGCCCAUUGAGACUAUCAAUGCAAGAUACAGUUCUCGAGACAGACUUCCACAGACUGAGCUGGUUAAAUCACUGUCGGAUCCCCACCAGCGGGAAUAUAUCCUUCAGCGCUUAUCCACGGAAACGGGUGCCUAUAUCAGGCAGCGCCGAAGCAGUGACCGAUUUCUCGAUAUCUGGGGAGAAACUACGCAAGUGGAUAGUGCAAGGGCCAUCCUCUUCAAACUCAUCGACAAAGUUGUCCAAGGUCGUACUGAAGGACCUCGCGGCUGGGGAAAGAUCCACCCUAUCAAUGGCGAAGAUGAGGAAGAAGCGAUGCUCGAAGCGGCCAUCAAGGAAGGGCUGGCAUCUCUGCGGCUGAGACCCAACAGCUGGAUUUCUGAGUCCGAGAGGGUAUUUUACUGGCCUCGUGAUGGACCUACGGUCCACGAAGGACUGGGCAAACGCCUGGAGAAGCUUGACCCCAUCCGGGAAGAAUUUCACGCGCAUAUCUAUCUGCAAGAGGGCUCAACGGAGAAGAUAUGCAUUUCUGGAGACCUUGACACGGACAUGGAGCAGAUCAUUACCCAACUCGAAGGAUUGCUGAAUGAAGCCGUGGCCAAGGCCGACGCUGGUGUCAAAACUUACAUGUUUGAGCCAUUUGUGAUGGACGUUGACAUUGUGCCAGAUAAAGUGGUUUUGGUGAAGAGUGAUGGUAGGGCAUUGCCAUUCUCCAGUGAAGAUCACCAGUCUAUUUUAGACACGAAGAACAGUCUCCAGAGUGGUGAUUUGAACGUGAUCCAAAAGAACAACUACCAGCGCAUUUUGAAGAGCUUUCGGGCAGCAUUGUUGAAGGCUGACCUUUUCCCUGGCCACCUACGGAUGCGCGUCCACUUUGGCUCCUUUGUGAUGGAUAGGUAUCGAGAGCCCAAAAAUGGCAAAGGACUUUACGGCUUUGGGGAAUUCUGUGAGAUGAUUCUCCAAGACCGAGCUAGGGGAAAGCUGCUUCCGGGUGGCGAAGAAAUGCUCUCUCGUUGCAUGGGUGCAGUCACUCUCUUCAAACCAGUGGAUACUUCCUAUGCACUCUCAGAGAUCAAGAGGAUCAUCCCCACAUACGCAGCUAGCUUCGAGUUCUCAGGAAGAACCUCCUCCAAAUUUCGCCUAGAGGUAGAUUUCCGACGACGCAGUACAGAGAUCGAAAAAGGCUACCACCGAUGGUUCUAUACCGAAAAUCGAAAUAGUGAAGGUUUCCGCCGUCUGCUUCUGCAGGUCAGUGUAAUGAAUCUCUCACAAUCCGACUGGCAAGGCGACCUUGAAUUUUUCGAGCCCCUGCACGAUAGUCAGGUGAACGAAGAGCUGGCCACGUUUAUGCGCUCAGUGAGAUUCGAUAACAAUCUGCGAGUCCAUGGUAUGGCUACCGAAUCUCGCAAAAAGGUGCUUUUCGAUGAAAGCGACCUGGUGUCAAGCUUCAUUGAGAAAUCUGCCGUUCGUCUGAUUGUCCAGGGAACAAAUUAUGUCUUAGAACUUGCUCGAUUUGAUCGAUAUACCAGAAUUCGGACAGGCUGGACCACGACACCUGCCGUUUCAUGGGGCGCGAGCUUGUUCGACCCUAGCUGGGAUGUAACCCUUGGGGGCUCUUCCAUCAAAGCCAAUCCGACUGCUCCCGGGAAUACAGCAGAGCAUGUUAGAUCAUUCGAGUCAUUUUUCCCGCCAACCAGUACAAGCACCGCUGGAGAUGAAGGGUUCAAGGAGUAUAUGAAAAUUGUCAACAAACUCUCUCGCCUUCUCGGCUUGGGCAAAGACGAAUUUGGAAAACUCUCAAGGGAUUCAAUCAAGACAAAGAUGGUUGAACUGAUGGACGUUGAGCUGGGGAUGUUAUUUUGA